AUGUCGGUGGCGCUGUACGCGCGUGGGGGUGGCUGCGGCGCGAAGGCGGCCGCAGCGCGGCGCUCGGGGCGCGGCGGUGGUGGGCGGAGGCGCGCCGCGGUCGUGCUGCUGCUCGCGCUGGCGUACGUGGCGGGGCUGCUCGUGUUCGUGCUUGCGGGAGGCGGUGGUGUUGGAGUUGGAGGGCGCGUGGAGGUGGGGCGAGAGGUGGGGGUGAUGACGGUGGCCUCGCUCCGGAGGCGGCGCGCCGCGGCGGCGGCGGCGCCGCAGCCCGGGUCGGUGUACCGCAGCCACCUCGUGUUCGAGCGGCUCUGGCCGGACAUCCGCGACGACGCCAGCUCCGCCUCCGCCGCCGCCUCGUCGCUCUCCUCCACUUCUUGGCGUCGCAGCAUGUUGAUGACAUCGCACUAUCAGAAUCCUGGGGAGCUAUGGAUGCCUUGUGUCAACAGGAAGCUGAUUCGACCAGAGUUGCCACCUUCAAAUGGUUAUCUCAUGAUCGAAGCGAAUGGUGGUCUGAAUCAACAGCGUCUUUCGAUCUGUGAUGCAGUUGCUGUGGCCAGUUUGCUUAAUGCAACUCUUGUGAUCCCAGCAUUUCAUUUUAAUAGUGUUUGGCGUGAUCAUAGCAAAUUUGGUGACAUCUUUGACGAAGACCAUUUUAUUGAGACACUCAAAGAACAUGUUAGAGUUGUGAAGGAAUUACCUGUAGAUGUUUUGACGCGCUUCGAUCAUAAUAUCAGCAGCAUACCAAAUAUGAGAACUAAGGCCUAUUCAUCUCCAAAUCACUAUAUGCAGAAGGUGCUUCCGAAAUUGCUGGAGUUAGGGGCUGUGCGAAUUGCCCCAUUCUCAAAUAGACUGGCACAAUCAGUUCCAUCAAAUCUCCAGGCCUUGAGAUGUUUUGUUAACUACCAAGCGUUGAGAUUUGCUGAGCCAAUAAGAGUUCUCGCAGAGGAUAUGGUUGAAAGGAUGGUAAAACGGAGUACUUUGACUGGUGGGAAGUUUGUAUCAGUACAUCUUCGCUUCGAAGAGGAUAUGGUAGCUUUUUCAUGCUGUACAUAUGAUGGUGGCUUGAAGGAGAAAACUGAAAUGGAAAAUGCUCGUGAAAGAAGCUGGAGAGGAAAGUUUCAUCGGCAUGGUCGAGUGAUCAAUCCUGAGGCAAACAGAAGAGAUGGAAAAUGUCCUCUUACUCCUCUAGAGGUUGGUAUGAUGCUGCGGGGCAUGGGAUUUGACAAUACCACCUCCCUCUAUGUUGCUUCUGGUAAAAUAUACAAUGCUGAAAAAUACAUGGCACCGCUUCGACAGAUGUUCCCUCUUUUGGCAACAAAGGAUACUCUUGCUUUGCCUGAAGAGCUUGCUGAGUUUGAGGGGCACUCAUCUCGAUUAGCGGCAUUAGAUUACUCGGUCUGUCUUCCGAGUGAGGUCUUUGUGACAACUCAAGGUGGGAACUUCCCUCACUUUCUGAUGGGGCACAGGCGCUACCUGUUUGGCGGGAAUGCAAGGACAAUAAAGCCAGACAAACGGAAGCUGGUUUUAUCUUUCGAUGAUCCGAAUAUCAGAUGGAAUCGGUUCAAGCGCCACAUGCAGGAUAUACUACACCAUAGUGACAUGAGGGGCACUGCAUUGAGGAAACCCAAUGAUUCCAUAUACACCUUCCCAAUGCCUGAAUGUAUGUGCCAGCAAGAUGGGAUGAUGUAGGCCUUGUAUGAUUCAUGCACAUACGUCGAGGAGGAGGAAAUAUGCAAUUUUGUACACUCUGUAAUGAUCUGUAGGUAGCCACCACCACCGUACAGAAGCAAUCUUUGGCCGGGAAUUUGUUGAUUUCUGUCUGUAGAUUGUAGAGAGAGGAGAGGUGAAAAUUGGUUCUGGUUGUAGAUAUGAUGAAACACAUGCUGUUGACAAGGGACAGCCUGCCCUGUAAAUGUAUAUGCAGUAAAGAAAGAAACAGAAAAGGCUAACAACUACAGUAUUAUAAAGAAAGAGAAUUUCAAGACAUUGUCAUCAAGUUACUU